UUUUGCCUCAAAAUGUUAUCGACCUCGAUUGCCGCCAUUUUAUCAUUAACCAAAACGGUCACUGAUCUCGGUCUUCCACAUCUUGCCACCAAACGCUGCAACCAAGAUAUUUUAGAAAACUUUUUCGCCCAAAUACGUUCAUCAAACAGGAUUUUAACAACUUCUCAUUUUAGAUCCCAUUUUCGUUCCACACGCAUCCUUUUUUUGGAAUCGAUUUCACCGAAUGCUAACUGUGAGGACGAUGAAGAUUUCCCAUUAUUUUUAAUGGACCUGGAAGGAUCAUCAUCAGCUUCAUCUUCAACUACACAAUCAGUUGAUGAACUUGCUGAAUAUUUCAGCACUUUCAAUCCCGAUCUUUUAAAUGAACCAUCAUCCUCAUCACAUCUGGCUACAUUUUUCUCUACUUUCACCCCUGAAGAUAUAGGCGAAAAUUCUAGCAUUUUAUGUCAAAAACAGCUUGAAGGUGCUAAACAUAGAGGACUGAUCGCUUAUAUCUCAGGGUACAUCAUUAAUCGCAUAAAAAAAUGCAGAUUUCAUUGUGAAAAUUGCAUCAAUCAUUUAAUUUCAAACUCACCGCUACCUGAACACGAUCUCAUAACCUGUCGUGUUUUUGUAAAUAAUCAAUUACUCACUUUGAAUCUUCCACCAUCAAUAUCGAAUCAGCCAUCGACAUCUUCAUCACUGAACCAGCCAUUGACAUCUUCAUCACUGAACCAGCCAUCGACAUCUGCAUCACUGAACCAGCCAUCGACAUCUGCAUCACUGAACCAGCCAUCGACAUCUUCAUCACUGAACCAGCCAUCCUGCUCAAACCCGUCGAUCACACAAGCAUCAUUGCAUUACCCAUCAGCAUCGUUCACAAAUUGUAUCGUUUCAUUAACAGAAAUUUUAGAAGAAAACAUUCCAAACAUCAUCGCCACAGUUGGUGUUAAGUUCAGCCUUUUAAAACUUCUUUGGAAAGAAUCAUUUGAUUUCAUACCUCUUUGUCAUCGAGAUACCAUCAAACUUCAUUGCAUGCACUUGCUCAUCAACAUGUACAUCGGCAAAUACAUAAAAAAUUUGCGAAAUUCCAUUGCCGAUGAAAAACCCAUAAAGUCAUGCAACAAUCAUCACGUCGUUCAUAAUCACUGCACUAAUCACUUCAUCAUUUUCUUAUAAUUAAGAUCCAUCAGAAAUAGCACCCCGUUGUCAUCUUAUCAGCUUCCAGCAAACUCCAUUUCAUAACCUUUUGUAUGCAUCUUCCUUUUUCUGCUUCCAUAUUUUCCUUGCUCCGAUCGCCUUCUCAGUACCAUUUUCCUUAUUUUUGUUAUUUUUGGGUUUUUGUAAUAAAUUUCUUUGGGUAUUUACGAGAUACUUACAGCUUUCUUCAAAAAUUCAAUUCGCGAUUUAUCAAUUACGUUUGAUAUGCUACCAAUUCAACUUUUCGAUGUUAAAUAAUAUGUUAAAAGGAUAUUAUUAGAUAUAUGCUAUAAAACAGAAUUAAUUUUGCAAAUUUGCUCUAUCUGAGUAUAAUUCGUAACUCUUCGAUCGAAACUAUCA